AGUACAACUUUACAAAAUAUGAAAGCAAACAUUAUGUUAUUAUUAUAUAAAAUCUUAUUAUCAAAAUAAUAUUAAAUAGGAACUGUGAGUGAAACAAAAUAUCUUAAAUUAUUAUAGUGUAAUAUGUAUUUAGCGGCGAUUUAAAAAAAAUUCAGACUACAGUUAUGAAUUGCCAUGUUCUUGUCUUGUUAACCUGUGAUGUUAAAUUUAAAAAUUAUUUUGUUUAGUGCAAUUAACACAGAAAAAAGUGUCAAAUAGUUUAAGCAUGUUACGUUUGUGUCGAAUAUGUCUUGAAUCUGGAGCGACGAUACCCUUAUUUGAUCAGGAUAAUGAAGAUAAAAAUCUAGUAAAAACAAUAUCAAAAUGUCUGAAGGAAACUAUAGUUGACAUUGAAGGCUACCCCCAAAACAUAUGUGCAACAUGCAAUGACACAUUGGAUGAUAUUAGCAAAUUUAUUGAUAAGUUUAAAGAAUCAUCUCAUAUCUUACAAAAUAAUUUAAUGAUAAAAUUAGAACAGUUUGACUUUAGUGAUGCUAAUACUAAUAAUCAGUUAAAUGUAGAACUUGAACCAGGUGAUAUUAAACAUGACUCUGAUGAUGACUUCAUUGUGAAUGAACAUUUUGAUAAUAUUUUUAUUGAAGAACAUUUAACAGAAGAAAAUUAUAUUAAGAAAGAAUCUAAAGUGAAAAAACAUUCAGUAAGAAGAACUUCAGGCAAGAAAAAAUGCCCUAAGAGUACUAGUAAAUUAGCCUCAUCCAUUUUAGAGGGUGAAUUUUUGUGGAUUGGCAAUAAAUGGUGUAUUAAAUCAUCAAGCAUAUCAAAAUCUCUGCCAAAAAAACAGAAUGUUGUUUCAAAACGUAAACAUAUAAAAAUUAAGCUACCUAAAAAAGUUAACAAGAAAUCUGAGCUCGGGACAUUAUGUGAUCUGUGUGGUGAAGUUUUUGAGACAGCUCCAUUGCUUAGUGUACACAAAAGAAAAAAACAUUAUAAGAAUCCAGUGAAGUGUCCACAGUGUAACUUGGUGCUGUCAUGUGCAUACCAUCUAAAGAAGCAUAUCAAAAGACGGCACUCACAAGAUAAGAAGUUUGCAUGCCCGAAAUGUGAUAAGAAGUUUGCAUACAAUAAUGAAUUAUCAUCACAUAAUAAAUCCGUUCAUGAGAAGCACCUGAAUCCCAAGAAGGAAUUCGUUUGCAACAUUUGCAAUAAAUCUUACAAAUGUGCUAAAUCUCUAGUUGUCCAUGAAAGAUCAGUUCACACAGGUCACAGGCCUGCUGUAUGUUCAAUAUGUGAAGGUAGUUUCUACCACGAAGACUAUCUUCGAGAACAUAUGAGGCUUCAUACAGGCGAGACUCCAUUUAAGUGUCCCAUAUGUGGCCGAGGUUAUGCCCAGAGAGGAAAUAUGAAAAGUCACCUUAGAAAUCAUAGAAUAUCAGAACUCAGCCCGGAAAUACUGAGCAAACUGAGACCGAGUUACAUUAAACACUUGAAACCAUAGAUAAUCAAAUAGAAAUAUGCAGAUUCUGUUCCGAUUACAUGCCAAACGAUAAUUAUUUAUUAAUUUAUAUGCAAUAGUAAUGAUUCAUUCAAAUGUGGGAUUUUGAACUCUCAUAAAAUCUAUGAACGAAACAUUACAUUCCCAUAGAGGAAAAGUCCUAAUAAACCUGUAGACUGUUUGUCUAUUAGUUAAAGACUGUUACUUUAUAGUAAUACUGUAAACAAUUUAGUAGUUUUUGAUGCAACUCGAAAGUUUAAAAGAAUUACUUCUUUAAAAACUGGUAGAAUACAUAAUGUUGGCUCUAAUAUUGACUCCAAUCAAAAGUGACAUCACACUGGGUAGAGUGUCUCUCAAAUGUGAUGAUGAAAUGAUGGCCCCAUAGGUAUAUUAUGUAAGGAACAAAAAUUGCUCAUACUUUACGAAAUAGGAUUUAAAGCUAAAUUUGUAGGAAUUCUUGACACCAACUGUGUAUAUCAAUAUCUUCUACUGUACCUCAUUCGAUAAUUUUUAUUGUAGAUUCAAAUAAGACAAAAACUGUGUUAUUGGGUAGGUAAAAUAUAAAAGCUCAAAGCAUACUAACUAUUAAAAAACAUAACUAUUGUAAAAUACUUACCUAUAAGAAAUUAAUAGUUACAUACUCUAUAUACAAUGUAUAAAUAAGUGAAUGAAAAACAAAAUGCAAUAAGGCAAUAUUGUUAUGUUUAAUAUUUUUUAUAAAUUAAGUAUUUAGUUGAGUUUAAUACUGCAUUUAGUUUGAUUAAAAUAUUUAUUAUACUUAUGUGAUAAAAAUCUGUUAUGGUUUUGGGUGCCUAUUAAAUUUUAUUACAAGUCUAAA